AUGGUCAAGCAGUGCAAGGACCGCGACAGCUGGGGCGAAUGGGCCCUGAACGAGAAGCAGACGUACGACUGGGACUCGGAGGAGGAGGAGGGGGUGGGUAAGGCUCGGCCGGUGCAGGUCCUGCUGGUGAAGGACGACCACACGUUCGAGCUGGACGAGAGCGCUCUGUCUCGGAUCCUGCUGCACAAGGAAGUGCGCGACCGGGAGGUGGUGGCCGUGUCUGUGGCCGGAGCCUUCCGCAAGGGCAAAUCCUUCCUCAUGGACUUCAUGUUGCGAUACAUGUACCACCACGCUCGUGAGGACUGGCUGGGGGACCCUGGAGAGCCUCUGACGGGAUUCUCGUGGAGAGGAGGCUCCGAGCGAGAGACCACAGGGAUCCAGAUCUGGAGCGAGGUGUUUCUGGUCGACAAACCGGACGGCAGGAAGGUGGCGCUGUUGCUGAUGGACACUCAGGGCACGUUCGACAGUCAGUCCACGCUGCGAGACUCAGCCACGGUGUUCGCCCUCAGCACCAUGAUCAGCUCCAUGCAGGUUUACAACAUCUCACAGAACGUACAAGAGGACGACCUUCAACAUUUACAGCUCUUCACUGAAUACGGCCGACUGGCGAUGGAGGAAACAUUUCUCAAGCCGUUUCAGUCCAUGAUUUUCUUGGUACGAGACUGGAGCUUUCCGUACGAGUUUCCGUACGGACAAGAAGGAGGCAUGAAGUUCCUGGAGAAAAGACUCAAGAUCUCGGAGAACCAGCACGAGGAGCUGCAGAACGUCCGCAAACACAUCCACUCCUGCUUCACAAACAUCUCCUGUUUCCUGAUGCCGCAUCCAGGACUCAAAGUGGCCACAAACCCAAACUUUGACGGACGCAUCAAAGAAAUCGACGGCGAGUUCAUAAACAACCUGUGUGUGUUGGUGCCGUGGCUGCUGAGUCCAGAGAACAUCGACGUGAAGGAGAUAAACGGCAGUAAGAUCACAUGCAGGGGCCUCCUGGAGUACUUCAAGGCUUACAUCAAGAUCUACCAGGGAGAGGAGCUGCCACACCCCAAGUCCAUGCUCCAGGCCACAGCUGAAGCCAAUAAUUUAGCAGCCGUCGCCGCAGCCAAAGAUUUGUACAAUAAGAAAAUGGAGGAGGUUUGCGGCGGCGACCGUCCAUUCCUGGCGCCCUCCGAGCUUCAGUCUCGCCACUGCUCCAUCCGCGACGAGUCCCUGCAGCUGUUCCGCUCCGUGAAGAAGAUGGGCGGCGAGGAGUUCAGCCGCCGGUAUCUGAAGCAGCUGGAGACCGAGAUCGACGACGUCUUUGUGCAGUACAUCAAGCACAACGACUCCAAGAACAUUUUCCACGCCGCCCGCACCCCCGCCACUCUCUUCGUGGUCAUCUUCAUCAUGUACGUGGCGGCGGGCAUCACCGGGUUCGUGGGCGUGGACAUCGUGGCGAGUCUCUGCAACAUGAUCCUGGGCCUGGCUCUGAUCACGCUCUGCACCUGGGCGUACAUCAGGUACUCUGGGGAGUACCGCGAGCUCGGGGCUGUGAUCGAUCAAGUGGCUGGAGCUCUGUGGGACCAGGGAAACACAAAUGAGGCUCUGCAUAAGCUUUACAACGUAGCUGCCAGCCACCGGCACCUGUACCACCACGCCUUUCCAGGACACCACCCCGAGGAGGAGCGAGGGGAGAGGGACCGAAAGAGGGACUGA